AUGCUGGGGCUCCGGGUGAGCUGUGCCCCCACAGGCCAGGACAGGAACUCCUUCAGUGCGGGCCAGAUCGGAUCUGAGGCCUGGGAGAUCCAAGCACCACCACAUUGCGGUUCUGUGAGGAAGCAGCUUAAGGAGAGCCAGGGCCAGGAUGGAGACCGAACCCCAACCCAUGCGCCCCCUAAUUCGCCCUGGCGCCCCAUCACGGCGGGCCACAUCUCUGCGCCGGCGCCCCCCAACUCGCGCGGGCGCCCAGUCACCUCAGGCCGCAUCUUUGCACCAGCGCCCCAUCACGGCGGGCCACCUCCCUGCGCCAGCGCCGCCACCCGCCUCUGCGCCCCCUCCCCACCCCCUCCCCGGCGCCCCGUCACCGCGGGCCCCAUCUCUGCGCCGCGCCAGCGCCCCCCACCCACCCCGGCGCCCCGUCACCGCGGGCCGCGUCUCCGCGCCGCACCAACGCUCCCUCACGCAGCCCCGGCCACCCUCACACACCCCCGCCAGGCCCGACUCCCGGCGCCCCUCCCCCGGCGAUCCCGUCUCCGCGUAUCGCGUCUCUGCGCCAAACCAGUGCCACCUCCACCCCCGGCGCCCCCGCGCCAGCGCCCCCCAACUCCCGGCAGCUCCCCCCAACCCCGGCGCGCCCCCGACUACACGCCCCUGGCGGGGGAGGGCUCUAAGAAGGCCGGGCGCGAACCGCAAAACUCCCGACCCCGACCCCCACCGUCCCCGGUCACGCCGCGGCCUCACCUACCCGAGGCUGGACCGCACUCCGGCCGCGUCCGGCUGAGGCCUGGGGGCGGCGGUCGAGGCGGCGCCGCUCCGCUAGGCGCAUCCGGGACCGCGGGAGGAGGAAGCGGCGGCGCGCCCGCUACGGCGAGCCGGAAGUGA